GGCCUUAACAAGGAAGGGCCCCUUUCUCCUUUGAUUUCAUUUUCAGAAUAAUAAAACAAUGUUUUCAUCCUACAAAUAAACUAAUGUAACCGCUGUUCAAAGAAAAAUAAAUCACUAGUUUAUUUCUUUCAACAACAAAAUCAGUGGUCACGUUUUAUUGAAACUAAAACAAGUUUACUCAUACAUAUUUAGACUGUUAUUAUAAUAUAAAGAAAAGGUGAAUUUGUGGGACUUAAGCCUUUAUACAGUUACUCAGUUGGAAAAAAAUCCUUUUGUGCAUUCCUGUACAUUUUACAUGAUUUAUUUUCAGCAAACCAGUUCCAGUGCACAGCAAACCAGUUCCAGUGCACAGCAAACCAGUUCCAGUGCACAGCAAACCAGUUCCAGUGCACAGCAAACCGGUUCCAGUGCACAGCAAACCAGAUCCAGUGCACAGCAAACCGGUUCCAGUGCACAGCAAACCAGUUCCAGUGCACAGCAAACCGGUUCCAGUGCACAGCAAACCAGUUCCAGUGCACAGCAAACCGGUUCCAGUACACAGCAAACCGGUUCCAGUGCACAGCAAACCGGUUCCAGUGCACAGCAAACCGGUUCCAGUGCACAGCAAACCAGUUCCAGUGCACAGCAAACCAGUUCCAGUGCACAGCAAACCAGUUCCAGUGCACAGCAAACCAGUUCCAGUGCACAGCAAACCAGUUCCAGUGCACAGCAAACCAGUUCCAGUGCACAGCAAACCAGUUCCAGUGCACAGCAAACCAGUUCCAGUGCACAGCAAACCAGUACACUUGGGAUGUCGGAGAGUACCCCCAAUCCAGAGGAUUUGCAGCACAUGGUCAAUAAGAGGUAUGGUAACAGUGAUGCCAUCACACUGUUUAUGCACUUGCCACUGCAAGGACUGCUGGAUUGGAUGUCAUCAGAAAUGAAUUUGAGGAUCAGGGCAACGGCCCCAGUACGAUGUGUUACUCAAAAUCCCAGAUCAAGCAUCAAACACAUUCAGCAAAAAGAGCAGAUUUCAAUGACUCUCUGUGACAAAUGCUGGAUUUGUCACUCUUCACGCCACUGGACAGACCAGUGUGACAAGUUCAAAGCACUGAGUCGAGAGAGCCAAUUUAAGAUGGCUACUUUUGAGGCAGCUGAAGAAGGUAAAAAGGGCAAGAAAACUGACUUAUUGUACAAUAACUAGAAGGAUUUAAAUGACAACAUCAAUAAUUCACCAAACCUUUUAAGUACCAAAACUGCAACAAGUAAAUGUGUCUAUUCUAUAAAAGUGUUCCCUUAAUAUUUACAUUGCAUACAAAAUGUACAAUAUAUACCUUCAUUAAUAAUAAUAAAAGAGCUGAAGAUCAAAAAGCAUUCAUUAUAAACGUAGUGUUUCAAAUAAUAAUGUUCAUGUCUUAAAUGAAACAUUGAGUGCUUGAACUGGAUCAUGCUACAUGAUUCAUGCACAGCAGAGACAGACACAGGACCCAGUUCAAAACCAUCGCUAGGCCUUAGUCUCUAGCUUGGGCUCCGUCAGUCAUUUUGAAAGUGUAUACCUUUGAGAUGGGACUUUGAACCGGUGGAUGGUGCCUGCGUCUGAGUCAAGACUAAGUCAUCGUUUAAAAAAGGGUCAUAGCCUAGCAGAAAAAACUUGAUUUAUAACUUUCUGCUAAUCAUAAAUGAGCAGGAUACCAGUCACACAUUGAACUUGUGACUGAAAGUUUGGCUGAUAACCUUAUUUUGGUGAGCGUAGUUUUGGUUGUGCUUAGCUGGUGUAGUGCUUAAAAUUGAGCCAGCCCUGGGCCAGAUUUCACAAAUCAGUUAAGCUGAAAAUGUUAUUCAAGGAUUUGGGUACUUUUUGUAACACAAAACACAAUGUCCACAGAUUUACAUUAAACUUACACCGUUUGAA